UUGUGAUCCGCCCGCCUCGGCCUCCCAAAGUGCUGGGAUUACAGGCGUGAGCCACCGCGCCCGGCCCAAAACAGCUGUUUUAAGGAAACUCAGUGAUCUCCAAGAUAACACAGAAAAGCAAUUCAGAAAUGUAUCCGAGAACCUGAACAGAGAAUAAAAUAAUUUUUUAAAAUCAAACAGAAAUCUUGGAACUGAGAAAUAUGUUUGCUGAACUGAAAUAUCCAUUAGAGGCUCUCAACAGCAGAAUGUAUCAAGCAGAAGAAAGAAUCAGUGAGCUCCAAGACAGGCUAUUUGUGAAUACACAGUCAGAAGAGAACAGAGAAAGAAAAAGAGCAAUUAUUGCCUGAAAGAGAUAGAAAAUACCUCAAAUGACCAAAACUAAGAAUUAUUGAUGUUCAGGAGGGAGUUGAGCAAGAGCAAGGAGUAAAAAGUAUAUUCAACAAAAUAACAGAAAACUUUCCAAAAUUUAAGAAAGAGAUGAAUAUCCAGGUACAGGGAAAUCAUAGAACAGCAAACAGAUUUGACCCAACUAAGACUACCCCAAAGCAUAUAAUAAACUCUCAUAGGUCAAGGAGAAAGAAUUCUAUAAGCAGAAAAAAAUAAAAGCAAAUAACUUAUAAAGGAGCUCCAAUUCAUCUGGCAAAAGACCUCUUAACAGAAGCCGUAUAGGCCAGGAGGAAGUGGAGAGACGUUUUCAAAGUGCUGAAAUAAAAAAAAAAAACUAUCAUCCAACAAUACUGUAUCUAGUAAAGUUAUCCUUCAAAUAUGAAGGAGAGAUAAAGUCUUUCCAAGAUAAACAACUAAAUAUGUUGUUAAACCUCUCAGGUUUCAUAAUUUACUGAAACAACUCACAGAACCCAGGAAAAUUAUGUUUAUUAAUUACAGCUUUAUUAUAAAAAAAGGAUACAAAUCAAAACCAACCAAAGGUAGAAAUGCAUAGGACAAGGUCUGGGAGGGUUCCAGAUGAAAAAUGCCAUGGUUCUUUCUCUUGGGGUAAGGACACAUUACCCUCCCAGCACGUAGCUGUAUGAGAAUACUUGCCAACCAUAGAAGUCUAUCCAAGCUUGUGUUCAUAGAUUUUAUUGGGGCUUUAUUACAUAGGUAUGAUUGAUUGAAGAACUGACAUGUAACUCAAUGUCUAGCCCCCAUCCUUGACACAGGCUGGUGUUAUUUGGCUCAUAGUCCUAAACUUCAAAUCACAUGAUCGAUCUGUCUGGUGUAACCAGCACCUAUCUGAAGUAAUCUCACUAGCAUAACUUAUCCAGAGGCCCAUCACGUGUCACCUCUUUAGCACAAUCUGUCAGGUAUCGUGUGAGUGGCCCACCGUGAAUAACAAAGAGCUUCUGUAAUUCAGGAUAUUUUAAGAGUUUAGAUGCCACCUCCCAGGAACUAGGGACAGAGGCCAGAAAAGUUGGAGAAAUGCAAAAUGUGUAAUAUCAUAACAACUGACCUAAUUCCUUCAACAGGUCAGGGUCUGAAAAAAAGGAGUGAUGUAGUAGUGUUCAAUAAUAAAUACACCUAAGUAGAUAAAUAAAAUGAAUGGGCUGGAUAUUGAUUUGACAAACCAGUCAUGAGAUAUUUUUAGGUAAUCAGGAAAAUUUUAAUAGAGAUUGGGUAUGUAAAGGAAACUAAAAAUCUCAGGAUCCUCCAAACUUAGGCAAGCGUGGAGAUUAAGCCCUGGAGUCCAGUCAUUGCAGUACCCUCUUCCAAACGAACAGCUGUGCGUUAGCCAGAUCCCCAUGAAAGGUGAAAAGCCUCGGGUAUUUGGGAAGAGCUUUCCCCACAGAUCACUCAUAAGUAAAUUUUUUGCUGAGCUCUCAUAAACAAGCACUUGCCAAUUGUUGCUUUAGUUCUAUAAUCUAAGUCUAGCUCCUAAAACUCCACACUGAUCAUGAAAGAGCCUUUGCAAAAAUCAUGACAGUGGAGAAAUCUGACAUAAGUGACUCCAUCUUGGUUCUAACCCCACAAACUGUACUUGCUCAUUUCUGUGCAUAGGCCAAGCUAACUAUGGAAAGAAUUCAGUUUAGAGUUUAACUUUAAAACAAAGAUGGUAAAAGUCCCCUCCUAGAACCAACCCCUUCCUUGCUUGGGGACUGAAACUGCCUUCGUAAAGCUAAUAAAUUGUCCACAAGGAGUCACAAAGCUGUAAGUCACAAGAUUUGUAACCUCCUUAAUUGCUCCUAUAGAUAACAUCACUACUGUAAAACCUAGAACUGGUGCUUGAGGUAUUUUUCAGACCCUGCAUUCUGAUGGACCAGAUGAUGUCACCCAGACCAGUACCCCAUACCAAGAAACCGACCUCCACCCUGGAACUAACUCAGUGCACGAAGACAGCUUUGACCCCUUAUGAUUUCAUUCCCAACUAAAUCAAUCAGUAUUCCUCAUUCCCUAGCCCAUGCCCACCAAACUAUCUUUGAAAAAUCCCAGCCUUUGAAUUCUCAAGGACACAGAUUUGAGAUAUCUCCCAUUCUUCUAUUUGGCUGGCCCUGCAAUUAUUAAACUAUUUAUUUGCUUCAAAACCUGCUGUUCUCAGUGCAUUGGCUUUUCUAGGCAGUAAGAAGAACCCUCGGUGAUUUCAAUAAUGUUGAUUACAAGUUUAUCUUCCCAGGUGCAGAACAAAGUCAAGACUCAUUCCUCCACCUACUCUCCUCUACCUCCACAUACAUCUACAUAAUUGACUCUUCUUUUACUCCCUUUUCCUCUUAAGACGUUCACCUUAUUUAUGUAAAAAUGUAGAUUUAUUGGGGACUAACUAAAGUCUCACAAGAAUGUAACUAUUCGCCUAACUGCAUACCUACCCCUCUUCCUAUAUCCCUUCCCCACCCCUUUAAGGAAAUUGAUAAAUACUAAACCUCCUGAAAACCUCUUUGGAAAGAUAGUCACAGAUGUGUCUGUGGCUUUGUUUUUCCCCGGCAGGUCCUAAAGCUGGCUUAGUAAACCUCAGUGAUUGAGACUUAUGCCUGAGUCACUCAUUUUGGUUGUCAAGUAUUAGGAAAUACUAAGAAAUAACUGGUAUUUUGUUCAGUGUGACAAUAGUAUUGUGGUUUUGAAAGAAAAUAUUUUUAUUUUAAAAUAUAUUUAGCAAAGCAUUUUGAGGUGAAAAGAGAUAAUUACAGGAGUUUGCUUUAGAAUUGUAACUAAAAGAAAAAAACAGUGAUAGAUGAAUUAAAUAGGCUAAACAGUGUUAAUUAUUGAAUUUGGGAUUUGAGUAUAUAUAGUUCAUUUUACUAUUCUCUCUACUUCUAUAUAUGUUUGAAAACUUUUAUAAUAAAAUGUAACAAACUACAGCUGAUCUUUGAACAAAACAGGUUUGAACUCUGCAGGUCCACUUAUACAUACAUUGUAUUCUGCUUUUGCCAUCCCUGACACAGCAAGACCAACCCCUUCUCUUCCUCGUUCUCCUCAGCCUGUUCAACUCAGUGAAGAUGAUGAGGAUGAAGGUCUUUGUGAUGAUCUGCUUAAUAAAUAGCAAAAAAAUACUUUCCUUAUGAUUUUCUUAAUAACAUUUUAUUUUCUCUACCUUUAUUGUAAGAAUACAGUCCAACCAAGGCGGGCAGAUCACCUGAGGUCGGGAGUUCGAGACCAGCCUGACCAACAUGGAGAAACCCCCGUCUCUAAAAAAAAAAAAAAAUACAAAAUUAGCUGGGCAUGAUAGUGCAUGCCUGUAAUCCCAGCUACUUGGGAGGCUGAGGCAGGAGAAUUGCUUGAACCUGGGAGGCGCCAUUACACUCCAGCCUGUGCAACAAGAGCAAGACUGUCUCAAAAAACAAAAAACAAAACAAAAAACAUAUAUAUAAAACAUACAAAAUAUAUGUUAAUUGUUUAUGUUAUUGGUAAGGCUUCUGGUCAACAGGCUAUUGGUAGUUAAGUAAGUUAAGUUUUGGGGGAGUCAAAACUUACAGGUAGAUUUUUCAACUGCCCAGGGGUCAGCUCCCCUAACCCUCGUGUUGUUCAAGGGUCACCUGUAUAUUUAUACCUGCCUAGGAGAAAAAUCAUGACUUCUUUGUUUCAUCUAGUUUAUUCAACCAUAAGACACUUAAUUUCAUUUAUGUCAGGAUCAGGAUCAAAGUAUGUAAUGAAAUAUUCGAAGCCGAACACAAAUUAGAAAACAAUUCAAGAUUUUACACAUGCCCAUAUUACAACGUUGUCUUAGAUUCCCUGCCAAUGAAGCUGCUUUUGUUUGCCAUAACAGUACACAUUUAAAAUAAAUGAAGUUCAAGAUGUUUCUCUGGCUUAAUAUUUAUAUUGCCUUUUUGUGGGUUCUUAGUAUAUUAGAACGAAUAGCACAUUAAACAAAACACUGUCAUGAGCCCUUAGGCACCUUGAGGAAUAAUGGAGGGAAAGGAGUCAAACACUUUACUCCCUUUUCUUGCCACCAACCCCUAAAUAUAAACAACUUGGACACUAAGGACUAAAACUCCAUUCCUCUUUCCCUCCCCCUCACUGAUACGGAAGAGGGGCAUGGAAGUGCUAGAGAGGAGAAGGGUGUGGUCCCUGACUAAGGCUCUACCCCCAGGCCUGUGGCCACGGACCUAGGCGAGGACAGGCAUUCCUGCCUUUGCGCCCAAAUAUUGCACUUCCCAAGACCACUCUGGCCCACCACGCCCCCAUCCUGUGCCUAGAAAAACCCUGAGACCCUAGCAGGCAGAGACACAAGCUGUUGGACGUUGAGAGGAGAGCAUUGGCGGACACACAAACGGCUGGAUGUCGAGAGGCCGUCGAGGGGAGCAGGUCGGCAAAAGAGCACACUGAAGAGACCCGCGGGCCAGCAGGCCAUUAACCGGUGGAAUCGUGCAGUUUGGCCUGGGUAGUCGCAGGAGCGCCCAGGCCGCCGAGAGGCUGACUCCAGAGGAAAACCAUCUCCCUUCUGGCUCCUCCAUCUGCUGAGAGCUACUUCCAAAUUUUUCUCCAAGGUUUCUCCAAACCUCGAACUCUUUCUCCAAGCCUAUGUGUGGUGUGAUACGAUUCUUCUGGUACACCAAGGCAAGAACCACUGGGAUACAGAAAGCCCUCUUGUGCUUGCGAUAAGGCAGGGGUCUAAUUGAGCUGACUAACACAAGCCUCCUACAGAUGGCUCAACUAAAAAAGCACCCUAUAACAUACGCCCACUGGGCCUUCAGGAGCUAUAAACAUUCACCCCCUAGACACUGCCGUGGGGUUGGACCCCUACAACCUGCCCGCGUGCAUGCUCCCCCUAGAGGUUUGAGCAGCUGGGCAGGAAGAAGCGAGCCACACCCUCAUCACAUGCCCUGGGAGGGGGACAAGUGAACUUUUCCCGUUUCAUCACAAUUUACUUUCGGCACUAACAUGAUUGUUCAGCUGUCUUCAUCAGCAGGCCUAUAUUCCAAGAGAUUCCUGCCCAAGCAAACUUUUUAAUUAUUCAUUAUGGGAACUUCCACAGAGACCCAUCAAAUUUUCAAUCUCUUCCAACGAAAGUAUCAAUAGAUUGCACCUUAAGAUUCUUUGCUUCAAAAAUCCUUGCUAUAUCCACCAAUCCUGGACUGUAGUAUCAUGAUCAUUAUGCAAUACUAAUAAAAUCCCCUGCAUUGAAAGACCCGCCUUAAACAUCCAAUUCUCAGUCACUUUCAACCUUGCCUUGACACUUUGCUCUGUGAAGUGCCAACGCUCCGUCGAAGUUUUGUUCUCCAUUACUUCAAUCAACAAUAAAUUCUGUUUUUUGUCUUAUCAACAGGUUGAGUUGACGAUAUUUGGAGAGCCGGCAUUUGACACAAGUUUGAGAUCUGGUGUUCCUUAACGUUCAACAUUCAUCAGAGCUCAGCCUAAGUCACUUUUACGCUUCCCAUUUUUAGCUUACCCUUUGCUUCUGCUAAAAAUUUUGGUUUCUAACUUAUUUUCAUAAUACAAGCUGCACUUUUCACUUUUAUAUGGCAUCAUUUUAAAAAUUUUACAAUUAUUUUCUCACGAGCUUUUAAAAAUGAAUAAAACAAAAACGAAUCUGACAGUAGUAGCACCAGAGAAGUGGCUCAAACCCAACCGGCUUGAGUCAAAACAAAACCCAGCUGGUGGCAAGCGCUGCCCUUUGGAGCAUUCUGGGAACUGUAGUCCAGGAGUGAGAGAACUCUGAGACGCUUCCGCUUAGGAAUUCUGGGAAGUGGAGUCCACGAACCGUGGGCACUCGGAGGCACUUCCGCUCCAGGAAGGCGAGGUCGGGUCUGAGCUCCCAGAGAGGUUCGCUCCCCCAGAACUCUGCCUUUUCCCAGAAGGAGGAGGGGAAAAAUGACCAAGUUCCAGGAGGCAGUGACAUUCAAGGAUGUGGCCGUGGCCUUCACUGAGGAGGAGCUGGGGCUGCUGGACUCUGCCCAGAAGAAGCUGUACCGAGAUGUGAUGCUGGAGAACUUUAGGAACCUGGUUUCAGUGGGACAUCAGUCCUUCAAACCAGAUAUGAUAUCCCAGUUGGAGAGGGAAGAAAAGCUUUGGAUGAAGGAGCUUCAAACCCAAAGAGGUAAGCAUUCAGGAGACAGGAAUCAAAAUGAGAUGCCAACUCUUCACAAAGCAGGAUUAAGGUGCUUUUCACUGGGAGAGCUUUCAUGCUGGCAAAUCAAGAGACACAUUGCGAGCAAAUUAGCCAGAAGUCAAGACUCUAUGAUAAAUAUUGAAGGAAAGAGCUCUCAGUUCCCCAAGCACCAUGAUUCCCCCUGUCAAGUGGGAGCAGGAGAAUCUAUUCAAGCUUCUGCGGAUGACAACUGUCUAGUGAAUCACAUAGGGGAUCAUUCCAGUAUCACUGAAAAUCAAGAAUUUCCAACUGGGAAAGUUCCGAAUUCUUGGAGUAAAAUAUGUCUGAAUGAGACACAGAAUUAUCAGAGAAGUUGUAAGCAGACUCAGAUGAAAAACAAAUUAUGUAUAUUCGCUCCAUAUGUUGACAUUUUCAGUUGUAUUUCACACCACCGUGAUGAUAAUAUAGUGCACAAAAGAGAUAAAGUUCAUAGCAAUAGUGAUUGUGGUAAAGAUACCCUAAAGGUAUCACCUCUUACCCAGCGUAGUAUUCACACAGGACAGAAAACCUACCAGGGUAAUGAAUGUGAAGAAGCCUUCAAUGAUAGCUCCAGUCUUGAACUUCAUAAGCAGGUGCACUUGGGAAAGAAGUCUCCAGCGUGUAGUACACAUGAGAAGGACACCAAUUGCAGCUCAGGUAUUCCUGUUCAACAAAGUGUUCGUACUGGAAAAAAACGCUACUGGUGUCAUGAAUGUGGUAAAGGUUUCAGUCAGAGCUCAAAUCUGCAAACUCAUCAGAGAGUCCACACAGGGGAGAAACCCUAUACAUGCCACGAGUGUGGUAAGAGCUUUAAUCAGAGCUCACAUCUUUAUGCUCAUUUGCCUAUUCACACAGGAGAGAAGCCCUAUAGAUGUGACAGUUGUGGGAAGGGCUUCAGUCGUAGCACAGAUCUUAACAUUCAUUGCAGAGUUCACACUGGAGAGAAACCUUAUAAAUGUGAGGUGUGUGGGAAGGGCUUCACUCAGAGAUCACAUCUUCAGGCCCAUGAAAGAAUUCACACUGGAGAGAAACCAUACAAAUGUGGGGAUUGUGGUAAACGCUUUAGUUGUAGCUCAAAUCUUCAUACCCAUCAGAGAGUCCACACUGAAGAAAAACCAUACAAAUGUGAUGAGUGUGGUAAGUGCUUUAGUUUGAGCUUUAAUCUUCAUAGUCAUCAACGAGUCCACACAGGAGAAAAACCAUAUAAAUGUGAAGAGUGUGGUAAGGGUUUUAGUUCAGCCUCAAGUUUCCAGAGCCAUCAGAGGGUCCAUACAGGAGAGAAACCAUUUCGAUGCAACGUGUGUGGUAAAGGCUUCAGUCAGAGUUCAUAUUUUCAAGCACAUCAGAGAGUCCACACUGGAGAAAAACCAUACAAAUGUGAAGUGUGUGGGAAGCGCUUCAAUUGGAGCUUGAAUCUUCACAAUCAUCAGAGAGUCCACACCGGAGAGAAACCCUACAAAUGUGAAGAGUGUGGUAAGGGUUUCAGUCAGGCCUCAAAUCUUCAAGCCCACCAGAGCGUCCACACUGGGGAAAAACCAUUCAAGUGUGAUGCAUGUCAGAAGCGAUUCAGUCAGGCCUCACACCUUCAAGCCCAUCAGAGAGUCCACACUGGAGAGAAACCAUAUAAAUGUGACACUUGUGGUAAGGCCUUCAGCCAGAGGUCAAAUCUUCAAGUCCAUCAGAUAAUUCACACUGGAGAGAAACCAUUUAAAUGUGAGGAAUGUGGGAAAGAAUUCAGUUGGAGUGCUGGUCUCAGUGCCCAUCAGAGGGUCCACACGGGAGAGAAACCCUAUACGUGUCAGCAGUGUGGGAAGGGCUUCAGUCAGGCCUCACAUUUUCACACACACCAGAGAGUCCACACUGGAGAGAGGCCUUACAUAUGUGAUGUCUGUUGUAAGGGCUUCAGUCAGAGGUCACAUCUCGUCUACCAUCAGAGAGUCCACACUGGAGGGAAUCUGUAGAAAUGAGAGGUGUGGUUCAGCCUUCAGUUAGAGCUCACAUCUUUGUCUUCACUGGGAAGUCCAGGCUGAUGGUUGUGAAAAGUUCCUUUAAAACUAGAAGCUUCAAAGAAUCUUGACAGGAAAGAAGUCUCUCAAAUACUGUGGUUUAGACUUGGUUAGGACAAACGUCAUAUUUCACAGAUGCAAGAAAACUUUGUUCUGUAAAUAUGAUCAGUGUUUAUAUCAGAGUACCAAGUGUCCCAGUUCUCAAGAUGUAACACAGCAGAAAAGUCUUGUUGGAGUCUGCCCAGGAGAGAGGCCUUCCUUUAACACAAGUAUUAUUGACAGAAAAAAUUGAUGUCAACAAAAUGUAACCUCUAUGUAAGGAGGUGUUUUUCACCACUGUAUCUCUACCAUGUAGAAUUGUGCUUGGCUCAUAAUAGGGCCCAGCAAUUACUGAAGAAAGUGAAGAAAAUACCUAUAAUUAGGACAAAUACUUGAAAAUUCUAGUGUUUUCUACUCUAAAUUUAUAUUAAUUUAUAUUCAAAAGGAAUCCUGCAAAUAGCCUUAAUAACGUUAGUUUUAGUGAGUACUGAAAGGUACAUAAUACUGCCAUCCAUACGAAUACAAAUUUGGAAAAAAGACAUGAAAUGGCUCCCAUCCUUCAGCCUUAGUUCUUUGUACAGUGUAUCAUCAGUUGUGUACAGUAUGAUUUUUAGUGUCAUUAGUUUAUAGACUGAACAAUACUGUUUAAUGUGACCCUGCAAUUUACAUGAUUAGAAUUUUUGGACACUAAGCUUUACUGUAACUCUGAAAGUGUUCAAAGUAGUUACUGAUGACAAAAAGUUUCUUAGUAAACUCGAAUUGUUAAUAA